AUGGUAGUGGUGGCAAACCCUCCGGAGAAGGAGGAAGCACUGGUGAUAGUGGUGGCAAAGUCUCAGGAGUCGGUGAAAGCAAUGGGGAUAGUGGUGGCAAAACAUCCGGAUAGUGGUGGCAAAGCUUCAGGAGUCGGUGGAAGCAAUGGGGAUAGUGGCGGCAAAGCCUCUGGAGUCGGAGGAAGCAAUGGGGAUAGUGGUGGCAAAGCUUCAGGGGUCGGUGGAAGCAAUGGGGAUAGUGGUGGCAAAACAUCUGGAGAUAGUAGUGGCAAAGCUUCAGGAGUCAGUGGAAGCAAUGGGGAUAGUGGUGGCAAAACAUCUGGAGAUAGUGGUGGCAAAGCUUCAGGAGUCGGUGGAAGCAAUGGGGAUAGUGGUGGCAAAACAUCUGGAGAUAGUGGUGGCAAAACCUCUGGAGUCGGAGGAAGCAAUGGGGAUAGUGGUGGCAAAACAUCUGGAGACGGAGGAAGCAGUGGAGAUAGUGGUGGUAAAGCUUCAGGAGUCGGAGGAAGUAGUGAUGGUAGUGGUGGCAAAACAUCUGGAGUCGGAGGAAGAAGUGGUGGUAGUGGUGGCAAAGCUUCAGGAGUCGGUGGAAGCAAUGGGGAUAGUGGUGGCAAAACAUCUGGAGUCGGAGGAAGCAAUGGGGGUAGUGAUGGCAAAAUCUCUGGAGUUGGAGGAAACAAUGGGGAUAGUGGUGGCAAAGCAUCUGGAAUCGGAGGAAGAAGUGGUCGUAGAGGUGGCAAAGCCUCAGGAGUCGGAGGAAGCAGUGGUGGUAAAACAUCAGGAGUCGGAGGAAACAAUGGUGGUAGUGGUGGCAAAGCCUCAGGAGUCGGGGGAAGCAGCGGUGGUGGUGGCAAAACAUCUGGAGUCGGAGGAAGCAGUGGUGGCAAAACCGCUUGA